CAGUCACAUCACAAGUUCGUAAGGCUCUCUUCAAUCAAAUAUUCUCAGGAUGCAACAACAUAUGGGACAACUUGAGGAAGAUAUGAAGAAAAUAGGGGAACAAUUGUGUAUGAAGGAACGAGAAAGAGAUCAAGCACUUGAUGAGCUUAGGAAGAUGAAGAAAUUGGCUGAGAACGAGAGCAGCACGAGACGUCGCGAGGAGUCGUCGGUGCAGACGGAGUUGAACUCAAUGAAGGUGUUGUUAUACAAGGCAAAUGAAGAAUUGAGCAUUAAAGAAAAACUCAUUGAAUCUUUGAAACUUCAGCUUGAGAAAGCAAAAGGGUUGGAGUUGAAAUUGGCCGAGAAAGAGGCCUCAUUGGAAAAGUUGAAGGCAGAGCUGGCUAAAGUGAAAUCCUUCGAGGCUCAAACGAUGGCUUUCUUAACAGAGAAUGAGAGACGGGUUCGUGAGUUGGAGACCGAAAUGGAGAAAGGGAAGGAAUCAGGAACCAAAAUGUUCGAUUCUUUGAUCAACCAGAUAAAGACUCUGGAGGAAUCAAAUUUUGAGAUUUCUUCUCUUCGCGAGAAAGUAAGGACAUUGGAGGGUUCACCGUGCAAAACCGGUAAAGAACAACUUCUCGUAGAGGAAAAUAAAAAUGUGAGAGAGUUAAUGGAGAGUCUAAAGUCUGAGCUUUGCUUUGCAAAAGAGAAUCUGGCUGGGGCAAAGGAAGUUGGGAAACUUGCAUCCUUGAAGGCGGAGAGUUUGAUUGAUGAAAUGGAUUUGCUUAGAAAUGAGCUCAAGUUGGCAACUGUGGCUGAAGAGACGAGCAAAAAGGCAUUGGACGAUUUGGCAUUGGCACUAAAAGAAGUCGCAACGGAAGCUAGUCAAGUGAAGGAGGAACUAGGCCUAGCCAAAGCAGAGCUACAACACUCGAAAGGCGAGGAGGAGCGUUUGAAGGCGAUUCAAAAGAGCAACGAGGAACGGUACAAACGAGUGUUGGAGGAAGCAUGGAAAGAAGCCGAGAGGCACAAAAACACUGCCGAGAGAUUGAGACUAGAAGCAGAGGAGACAAUUUUAGCAUGGAAUGAGAAAGAAGCCGGGCUCGUCGAUUGCCUAAAGAGAGCCGAUGAGGAAAGAUCAAUUGCACAACUAGAGAAUACUAGAUUGCUUGACUUGAUCAAUGUGGCUGAAAACAAGACAAGGGUGUCCAAGGAAGAGAAUGGUAAGUUGAGAGAUAUACUAAAACAAGCCUUGAACGAAGCUAAUACCGCGAGAGAGGCCACGGAGAUUGCUAGAGUUGAGAAUUCGCAGUUGAAAGAUAGCUUGGAGGAGAAAGAGGAAGCCUUAUUUUUUCUUGUAAGAGAGAAUGAGAAUUACAGGCUUAAUGAGGCUGCUUCUCUUGAGAACAUAAAGGAGUUGAAAAGAUUGCUUUAUGAAGUGGAAAAGGAGAAAACAGAGUCAAGGGGAAUGCUGAAGAGACAUAAUUCAGUGGGCAAGAACCAAAAAGAUGAGGCAAAGAUCAAAAUUGGAAAAACUUUGAGCUUGAAUCUCAAGAACCUAAAAAUAAUACCAAACAAAAGUGAGGGUGAAGUUGAGGAAUGUGAAAUAGAUGAGGCACUUGGGGGGUCAAUAUUUGAUGUGGGGGAUUCCCCAGAACCGGAAAGUUACAAUCAUCAUAGAAAGAUGUGUUCAACAUUUAGUAGUAAUGAAGACGGAGAACAAGCACAGUUGGAUGAUUUAGACGGUCUUGAUGGGACCCAUUUUGAUGAUUCGGAGAAUGAUAGAAACUCAAGGAAAAAGAAAGCUUUGUUGAGGAGAUUUGGUGACCUUCUCAUUAGGAAAAGGAGUUUUCAUAAGAAAGAACCAUCCGAAUAGA